AUGUCUCAAGACCCCAAAGCGAAACUUGCCAGCAACGGCAUCGACUUUACUCCCACAAUCCACAACGAUACCUACGCAUACAUCGAUCCCUCCCAGUUCGACCUCGAAGGUCGCGCCGUCUUCGUCACGGGUGCCUCAAAGGGCGUCGGCCGGGACACCGCCAUCAGCUAUGCCCGGGCGGGAGCGUCUCAGAUCGCCAUCGCAGCGCGGAGUGACAUGAGCGACCUGGGGCGAGAGAUUGUGGCAGCCGCGAAAGAGGCCAAGAAGGUUCCUCCGGAGGUCGUGACCAUCAAUCUGGACGUCACCAGCGAGCAGAGUGUGGCCCAGGCCGCAAAGGAAGUCGAACAGAAGUUCGGGCGCCUGGAUAUCCUGGUCAACAAUGCUGGAUAUCUGGAGCCGUUUGUCCCUCUUGCCGAGUCCAACGUUGACGAAUGGUGGAGGGUCUGGGUGAGUCUGAGCAUGAGUUGCGCAUCCUCUUCAUGUAACAUAACUGAUUGGUCCGACAGGAAGUCAACAUCAAGGGCGUCUACCUGGUCACCCGCGCCUUGAUACCUCUCACGCUCAAGACGCACGAUAGCCUGAGGACAAUCCUCAACGUCUCCAGCAUCGGAGCCCACAUUCUCAUGCCUGGGGCAUCAGGCUAUCAGAUGGGCAAACUCGCGAUUCUCAGGUUGGGAGAAUUCCUGAGUGCCGAUUACGCGGACCAGGGACUCAUAUCAUUCGGCAUUCACCCGGGCGCUGUGCCGACGGAGCUGGCCAAGGGAAUGCCAGAGGCCAUGCAUAGCGUCCUCGUCGAUCAGCCGGGACUGAGUGCUGAUACGAUUGUCUGGCUGACUGCCGAGCGGAGGGAGUGGUUGAAGGGCAGAUACAUCAGCGCAACUUGGGACAUGAGAGAGCUUCUCGACAAGCGAGAGAAGAUUGAGAAGGAGGAUUUGCUGAAGGUGAGGAUGGAUGUGGGACGUGAAUGA